GUACGUAAGUGGAAAGUAAGUAACGUAACGGAGGAUAAGACGGUUCGUAAAUGAGAGGCAUCGAGUGGAUUACCGGUCAGUUCGAAACCGAGGUAAGAAUCAGUGCCUCCUGCAGUAUACAAACGCGAGUUAUUGUGCGAUAUCUCGUAAUCGGUAUUGAACUAUCUAACUUGAUCAUUUUGAUAAAUAAUAACGAUAGUGUUGCACAUAUGCAUCUAUCAAAAUAUAAACUUAAUAUAGCUUAAAAACUUAAUGAUAUACGAUAUAGAAAUUAAAUACAAUAUAUAUAUAUAUANGAAUAAAGGAUAUUUAAGAUAUGUAAGAGACGGUAAUAUUGAUCGAUUAAAUCGGAAGAUAAGGAAGAAAAAAAAUCGAUAUAAAGGGAUAAAGGAAUCGAUCCUAUGGAUUUUCGUUUAUAGCGAACAAUGAGAAAAUCAUGAUGAUAGGUAUAAUUAUACUGUAAUUAUAAGUGUCCCUGUUGAUCAGUGUCUAUCAAAAUUAGCCCAGUUAUAGUACAACGACCGUUCUCCGAUGAUUAUAUCAUCUCGAUGAAACAAACAACGUAUCUGUCAUAAAUCGAAGGUACAGGAAUAAUCGAUCGAUAAUUAAUUUAUCCGAGAAAACUUCUCCGUGCAUCAGGAGAAGAGGAAAAAAAAGAUGGAACGAAAAAUAUUGGCACUGGUUGGAUUAAUAUUAUUUCUCAAGUGUACGGAUGGCGAAAACGGUGAAAACAGGGAUAAUAACGAGCAUUUGUUCUCUCAUCAUCGGCAGAAAAGAUUGCUUUGGAUAACUAACGAUGGUCGAAUUGCUUUACCACCAGGCACGAUAAUGACGAUAACUCCAACAUUGGCAUUACCAUUUGUCAGAUAUCCUCCCUAUGGUUUUCUUAGCAACAUGACUAUCAGUCUUCCUUUUACUAUCGAUUUCGACAAACUUGGUUUAACCGACAAUGAAAAUCCUUAUGGCGUUUUACCAUCGGCGUUUGACACUACUGCGAGAGAGCAAGGAUCGAAUGCCGCGGAAUUUAUCGCGAUGUUCGUAAAACGUGGAAUCGGUAAAAGAGAGGCGAUUCGAGAUCUACCAAAAAAUAUAUUUUAUGGAGGUGAAAGAGCACUUUUGUAUGGUACCGCCGAGGAUAUGCUCGGAAAUUUUGGUUUAAAUGGGAAAGCUUGUUUAUUAAGGGCUAUAUGCGAAGUACAAGGACAUCCUUUGAAUAAUUUCGGUUUGAUCGGAGAGAUGCUCAAACUAUUUUUCACUGCUAGUAAAUCACCAUUUUCAAAUCUUUUGAAAGAAUAUGUUGAGGCUGAAAAUAGAGGCAAGUUUCAUGGAGAGUGUUGGCCUUAUUUUAAAGAUUGUCCAAAAUCAUUAUUUCGUUCGUCAGAAAAUAAAUAUAUAAAAGAUGCCUUUCACGAAGAUAUUGUAACUACCGAAACAGAUGAGAUAGAGCAAAAAAAUCGAUAUUUUCCUUCCACUUUGUCAAUGGACCGAAUACGGAAAGAAAAUCAAUUUUCUGAAAAUAUUAAACACACGAUACGAUUAAUGUAAAUAAAUCGUUUGAAGCCA